AUGAAUACUAAUGAAAAGAAUGAUCAACAUGAAGUAGAACAACAAAGAAUAGAACUACAACAACUAUUCAAACAGCAACAACAACAAUCAUCUGACCUUGAUGAAAGGUUAUUUAGAAGAGUUUGGAAUAAUGUAUUACUUAGAAGAUUGAUUGGUUCAAAGAUUGGAGAAUGUAUACCUCUGUCUGCUGAGAAUAGGAUAUUACUAAGGGAACAUUGUGCCGUACUGAUGGGACAAUACAAAAAGAACCCUAAACCAUUUAGGUCUAAAUGCAACAGAGAGUUUUACGAAUGUCCAGUCAUCACUGCCUCCCUCUUUCAAUCCCACUAUGACCACGUUAAAUGGACAGACAUGGAAUAUGUUAUUUAUUUGGUAUCUGGUAACCCGAGAAAUGCAGUUGACACUUGGUUGUUUCGUAGGGCAUGUGAAUACUUUAAACGUUGUCAUCCUUACUUGGUCUUGACCAAGACACCCCUAAACACGUGGAGAAAUAUAAUUAGAUCAAAUAAUGUAGAAUUGUACAACUAUGCAAAGACAGUGAUCCCGAUGCCAAAUGAUAUCGAGGAUAUAAAGAAGAUGGUGGCUCUUGCUACCAAUCCCUCUUAUGACAAUUCAUACUAUCAUUCCAAUGGUGCAAUCUCGAGGCCAUCAAACACCAAGUUAUUGAAAGCUCUAUUAAAAGACGUCAGAUUAAUACUCGAUCCUCUGCAGAGAGAGAUACAGUGGUUAGAGUAUUGUGAUUAUCAAAGGUUGAUAGUACAUGGACCAAUUGGCAUAGCAGAGACCAUACACAAGUAUGCAGGUGAUUAUUAUCAUCCGGCUAAUAGUGCUUUAAUGAUUCCGGCCAUUCAAAGCAAACAAGUUGAAUCGAUUCGGUUCCUCUACAAAGUCUGCAAGAUUCCAAUCGGACCACUUGCAAUGCUAGAGGUGGUUCAUACAUGUGACCUUUCAUUCAUCAAGAGACUGCACGACAUUGAGCCUGAAGCUGGACGUCUCUACACACUCUUUAUCCAUGUCAUGAGUAUAAACUUUUCCAAAGGUCCCGUACAAGCAAAUACAACCUUUCAACAAGAGUUUUAUCAACUUGGCAAACAACUCAACUACAUUGACAUCAAACUACAACACCAAAUAGAUACCAACAUGUCAUUCCAUUAUCAAAUGAAAAAUCAACAACACUUUAAAAUGUUUGAACAACAAAAUAUAGAUCAUGACAACAGCUCUGCCAUACCAACUUUAUCAUCAUUUUCAUUUGAUGAUUAA